AUGAGGUUCGGUGGGCAGAGGUGUUUUGUGAGGCUAUGUCAGCACCUCUACAAUUUCUGGAAUGUCACUGUUAACCGCUGCUUUUUUAAGAAGCAGGAAGAAGAAUUCUCUUCAGUUGAAAGUAUUUUUCACAAAGAAAAAAUUGUGGUAUUCGGCCAGACAUUGAGGGAUAAAUCUCUACCCCUGGAACAGAGGGCCCAAGCUGCCCAUAAAAUUGGACUGUUGGCCUUCACAGGAGGACUACCUGCUUCGAGAUUUGCAACUGAGUACAUGAAAGAAGUAGCUAACUUGCUGAAAAAUGAAGAAACGACACCAAAAGUAAAGAUCCUGCUGAUCCAGAGUAUAGCAUGUUGGUGUUACUUAAACCCUGUCAGCCAGAAAAAAGCCAAACAUAUGCAACUUAUUCCUAUUCUCAUCAAGUUUUUUGAAAGAAGAGCCAACUCUACUAAUCAAAGAGAAAUAGAUGAGAACCGUCUUGUUAAAUUUUGGACUUGUUACGCCCUCUCUGCCAUGACAUGCAAUAACUUGUCUGUCGUAAAUGAGCUUAGAGAGCACAGUGCUCUAAAAUAUCAUUUGCAUGAGUUGGCUUGUGAUGUUUGGGUUGGAUGGCCCGAGAAUUUUGCAGAGGUGCUGUAUUUCCUAAUUGGUCUUCACAGGAAUUAGUUUCUCUAA